UAGGGUUCUUAUUAUUGGAGCGGAGCAAUGCCGCGGCAGUAUUUGGCACCGCCAUUCUUUACCAAAGGAUCCUUCUACAGCGUCGUCAUCCCGGCGGUGCUCAAGAACAAGCGAUUCACUGGCCGGCGGCGCCGCGGGCAGGCCAAGGACAAGAUGCCCAGUCGAUACGCGGUCUUUAGCGGCGUGUCUCCGGCGGCCGAGACUCAUGGAAGCAAAUCUCUGGAGAAUUUGAGGAACAAGCGCAUGACUUUCAACAAAGUCGUCACCGAUCACAUUGAUCAUUUUUCCAAAGAGGAGAAAUCGCCUGGGCUGUCACGGAUUAUGGGAUCACUUCUCAAAGACGUUCGAGCUAAAGUGAAUGGACCUAUGGAACUGAGGCGAACGGAGGGCGUGCACUCAGACCUCCUCAAGUUUUUGCUCAACAGGAAACGAGAAGAUGCGAGGAGGAAGAUUCUCAACUCUUAGGAAAGUUCUCGUGGUUAAAGGUAGUCUGGCUUUACGCUUUGUGGCUUUAUUAGUGUUUUUUUCUAAGUUUCCAGUCAAACUCAGCACCAUGACAGAGAUAUUCUAGACGUGAUCAGGAAAAAGAGCUCAAUGAUAAAGAGAAGUUCGUGCAGCGUCCUCGCACAGCAAUCCAAGGUUUCAGGAAUCCAGCAACUUGGCAGAGCAGAUAACCGUCCAGCCAGUCGGGAUCGCUGCUGGAGAUUGGGAGGCACAGGCCUGGAACUAUCAGCGAAGAGCGGACAUGGCUGAUUGAACCCAUAGAAGGAUUGAACCCAAAGAAGACUGAAGAUUUUGUUAAUCAGUUAGUUUCUGUGAGGUCAUUACCAAACUGGUGAAUGCAACAAACUGCACCAAUACUGGCCACAUUUGGUUCA